UGGCCAGCAUACAUCCCCUGUCGUUGCGUCCCAGAAUCUCCCAUUACUGAGGAGGAAGAAGAAGAAGAAGAAGAAGAGAUUAUUCUGACCGCGACUCUGGCUUCUUCUUCUUCCUCUUCUUCAAUUAUACAGGCACGACACUCAUGGCAAGAUUCUGGCCAUCGAUACCUCUGCCAUGGCUGCUCAUUUCUGCAAUGUUCUUGGCAGCUGAUGCAACGACCUUCACGCUAGUGAACAAGUGCGAGUACACGGUAUGGCCAGGCGUCCUCGCCAACGCCGACGAGCCGCCGCUCUCCACCACCGGCUUCGCGCUCCAGAAGGGCGAGUCCCGCUCCCUCGCCGCCCCCGCCGGCUGGGGCGGCCGCUUCUGGGCCCGGACCCGCUGCGCCCAGGACCCCGCCGCCGGCGAGCUCUCCUGCCUCACCGGCGACUGCGGCUCCGGCCAGCUCGAGUGCGGCGGCCGCGGCGCCGCCCCUCCCGCGACCCUCGCCGAGUUCAAGCUCUACGGCGACGGCGGCCUCGACUUCUUCGACGUCAGCCUCGUGGACGGCUUCAACCUGCCCAUGCUGGUGGCGCCCCAGGGCGGGAAAGAAGGGCGGGGGAACUGCACGAGCGUCGGGUGCACGGGCGACCUCAACGCCGCGUGCCCCUCGGAGCUGAGGGUGGCGGCCGGGGGCGGCGGGUCGGGGGUCGCCGCCUGCAAGAGCGCGUGCGAGGCGUUCCAGCAGCCGCAGUACUGCUGCAGCGGCGCGUACGGCAGCCCCCAGGCGUGCAAGCCGACGCCGUACUCGGAGGCGUUCAAGAGCGCGUGCCCGCAGGCGUACAGCUACGCGUACGACGACGCGACGAGCACCUUCACGUGCGCCGGCGCGGAUUACGUCAUCACCUUCUGCCCGUCGCCCAACGCCAGCCAAAAGUCGACUUCUUCACAAGCCCAAACUCCAGAGGCCGCCGCUGCCGCCACAGGGGAUGCACCUCUCAUCAACAACACAAUGGUCUAUGAAGGCGUGGGGCGGAGGCGAGCCGUGCGUCGCCGUCCGCUCAUGCCCAUCUUUCGUCAGUCGGCCUGGUUGGCGUGGCAGCGUCCAUGUGGCAGUGGCGGCAACUCUUUCUGGCAUGAGGCGGGGCCCCCAAUAACCGGAGCUGACCUUUUCCACUUGGGGCCCAAGUGGGGGCGCGUGGCAGAAUCUUAUCGGACUAGGCCCACGAGCCUGUACUUUCGGGUUGGCCCAGAUGAGGUGGGUCGGAAACGACGACCUAGUGAUGGAAUAGCCUACUUGUUGAAUCUGGCGGCACUAUAGUAUAAAGUGGCACAUGGCGUCAUCAACCAUAUAUAUGCAGCGUUAGUGGUUGAAUUUUUAUUUUUAUCAUCAGUCUUUUUCUUUGGUCGGUAUUUUUUAAUAAAAAUAUUCUUAUUUUUGGUAGAAUGGUGGUUGAAUUUUAAAUGGGAAAAAAAGGGAAUAAAAGGACAAAAGGCUAUCCACGACAUAUUUCGCAAUUUUUCGUUUUUUAAAUUGCUAGGGUAAGUUAGAUUGAAUUUUUUUAUCCUGGUUUUUGGUAUAGAGGAGGGAAAUAAACUACUUAAGCCUCUCCUUUAUUUUUAUUUUUUUUUGGGGGAUAGGAUUCGUACGUCAAUAAUUAAUUGGGUUGGUGGUGGGGACGCAUGUCUUUUGUAAGGUGUGAUGUCCACAUAUGGUGCAGGCCAAUAUUAAUAUAAAAUACAUAUCUACACAUUGAUUUUCAUAUAUAUAAGUAUAAAUAUAAAUGCAAUUUCCUUUUCA